AUGAAGCAUUCAGACAAAGAGCUGGUGCUCUGCAUUUUUAUGGCAGUUACAUCUACUAAUAACGUUGAUAUUAUAACUCCCAAAUUUACUCAUCUGCAAACAGCUCGAGUAUAUGUAAUUGGCCCAACUGGUAAAACAAAAGUAACGAGGUGUCUCUUAGACGGAGGGAGUCAGUCUAGCUUCAUUCAUCCUAGUUUGAUCGACUUCUUGCAACUGGAAAUCACUAGCUCAGAAAUAUUGAAUCUUCAAGCAUUCGAAUCCAUUUCAACAAACACUGAAACGAGACGGAAGGUCAAAUUUAUCUUGUCAAGUAUUUGGAGCAACUCAAAAAUAAAUAUACAAGCAUUUGAAAGUUCAAAUACUUAUGCCUUUCAUCCAUCUGCUCCCCAACCUGUCUCUUCUUUUGCUCAUAGUCAAAAGUUGAAACUUGCUGAUCCAUCAGACAGCUUAAACGACUUACCUAUAGAAAUUCUGAUAGGUGCUGAUUUUUAUUGGACUAUAGGGCAUACUAAAUCCCCUAAUAGACUUUCUGCGACUCAUGUGUUAAUACCUACACUAUUUGGAUGGAUUCUUUCCGGAAACCGUUCGUUCACUACUAUAGCAUAUUUUUCUGUUUCUUCAGUUCACAACAUCAGCUCAGAAACUUUGGUACGGGAUCUGGACGAUCACGUGAGACGAUUUUGGGGCUUGGAAACAAUUGGCAUUAAAACUAUGCAAGAUAAAGGGAUGGCUAUUCAUAAUUCUGAAAUUUUAAGUGAUUUUCACAAUUCAUUUUGCAAAGUUGAUGGCCGCCGUGUUGUAAAGUUACCAUGGAAACCAGAGGUGAUUCUUUCAUCGAAUAAUUACGAAAUAGCACUCAAACGAUUUCAAAUACUCCGUAACAAACUCUUUACUCAUUCAGACUUAAGAGAUAUUUAUACAGAACAUAUGCAAAAUUAUAUCGAUAACCAACAUGUUGAACUUGCUGAUAAUUGUCCUUGCAACGAAUCAAAACUAUUUUACUUGCCUCAUCAUAUAUUGAAAAAACAAAAGAAUGACGAAAAGAAAUGGCGAAUUGUAUUUGACGCUUCUUCUCAUACACCAGGACAUCCUUCCUUAAAUGAUGCUCUUGAGCAGGGUCCGAAUUUGCUUCCAGAAAUAUUUGCAACAUUGUUACGAUUUCGACUUCACAAAUUCGCAAUCACGAGCGACGGACGUCAAGCAUUCUUGCAACUUAUUUUGGAUGAAGAGGAUAGAAACUGUACUAGGUUCCUGUGGUUUAGGACAGAAAAGGAUGCAAACGGAAAAAUACAUUUGCGAAAUGAAAUACUUACUUAUCGUUUUUCACGUUUACCUUUUGGAUUGACUUCUAGUCCUUUUUUGCUUUCUGCCACUCUUCGUUAA